GCAGUUGGUGCGAAACAGUGCCAAAUUUUAGAUUUUAUGGGAAUUUUGGUUUUGUUCUGUAUUUUUCUGGUUUGAAACCAAUGUUAAGACUUGAAUAUUUUAGGCUUCGAUAAAAACAACCAUGUCGCACAAUUAUCCCAUUUAUAUGGUGAUUCAACAAAUACCGCACAAGGUAACAGAAGAAGAAAUCAGGAUUUUCGUGAACAGUAUAUUGCAAUGCAAAGUCGUAUGUUUAGGUUUUGAUCCUAAAUGCACUAUUAAGGGGAAACGGUUUUAUUUCCUUAAACCGAAAACUAAAUCAGUACCCGAGGUCAUAAACACAAUGAAAUUGAAAUUUGUGGGUGGGCAAAGGAUUACAGUAUACCAGUACAAAGAUUAUAAAAAUAUAAAAUUGCUCUUUGGCAAGGAGCUUUCUAGGCUCCAAUACCUAAAUACCGGCCGUGUAUGGGUCAACAAAAAAAGUCAACAGGAAAUUAUGCAAAAUGCGGCCCAACCUCCUCAUGCUCAACAAAGCAACGAAAAACCUCACACGAUCACGAAGACAUGUCAAGCUCUCUUCAUUGAGAUAUUCGAUAGAUACCCCCAGCUGGACGACAUCAACACGAACACCAACAAUCUCUUCGGGUACGAACUUGUGAGGUUGCUAACAAACCGACUCAACAACACAGUGGGCGAUAAUUCGUUCGGUUUGAAAGAGGACAUAGAGAAAUACCGUGCUAUGUACCCACACGAAACUGACUAUGCGUUAGUGGAGGCAGCAUAUAAGAAGUGUGCGGACACACCCUUGCCUUCAGAAGAUGAGUUGGCAGUGGAAAAUAUGACCUUGGAUGAUAGUCUUACGCUGAAAUUGUCGGAUACGAAAUUGGAAAAUGCGUCCACCUACUAUAGAAACCAGCUGAUUGUGCACUUAAACAAACAAAUUACACUUUUGGACGAGCGCGUGAGUGAGGGAGCUACAGAGGAAGAGAAAGCCAGAGCAUUAGUUAGACAUCACCUCAAAGCAGUCAAAAGUGACAUGGGAGCGACAGUGAAAACUUGGAUGACAAAAUUUUUAAAAUUCCACCAACACGUUUUUGUUCGCGUUUACGGUAUACCCCGUCUGCCGGCCGUCAAGAGUCUGAAGAUGUUGGUGAGGUCUCGCAGCGGGACUGCCAAGCAGAAGAACCAUACUAGCUACCUCUCGUUCUACAUGCACAGGGACACGGUGGAUCAGGUGCUGGCUAUGUCGGGGAACACUUUGGACGGCUGCACUCUCCUUGUCCGCGUCCAGCACCGGGCGCGAGCCGUACGGCUCGCCCGACACUUCCGCGCCGUCACCGACAUGCUGCGAGCUGCCGACACCGCCGACACCGAACAGUGGGAGGAUCUGUAGUGCGGUUCCCGCGGAAUGCUGACGGCUGCACGAUCCUCGUCCGCGUCCAGCACCGGGCGCGCGUGGUGCGGCUCGCCCGACACUUCCGCGCCGUCACCGACAUGCUGCGAGCUGCCGACACCGAGCAGUGGGAGGAUCUGUAGUGC